AUGGUGAAGAUAGAGCUUGCACCAUUGAAUAUCCCAUUCAACCGAAGUUUACAGACAGCUGCAGUUCUUCAAUGGGUUUUCUGCUUUCUCUUUGGAGCGCAGUGUUGUUUUUGUGUGUACGUUGUGAUCGUGUUGAAUGGAUACUGGCACGUGGCUGCACUGUAUGCCCUGUGGCUCUACCUGGACUGGGACACACCUCAGGCUGGGGGCCGCAGGUCUGACUGGGUACGCCACUGGACCGUGUGGAAACACUUUGGAGACUAUUUCCCCAUCCAUCUGAUUAAGACAUGUGACCUAGACCCAGAAAGGAACUACCUGAUGGGGUUCCCUCCUCACGGAAUCCUGGUAGCCAGAGCGUUUGGCAAUUUCUGUACAGAAUACACAGGUUUCCAAGAGCUCUAUCCAGGAAUGACUCCUUAUCUGCAUACCCUCAGCAUCUGGUUCGGCUUCCCAUUCUUCCGGGAGUACCUUAUGUCCUCAGGGGUUGUUUCUUGUUCCAAGAAGAGUCUUACCCAUGUGUUGAGCCAGAAGGGAGGGGGCAACGUGUCAAUCAUAGUGAUUGGCGGGACGGCAGAGUCCCUGGAGGCCAGGCCUGGGAGCCUCAUCCUGGAGGCCCUCAACAGGAAGGGCUUUGUCAAGAUUGCUCUCAGGUGUGGGGCUCAUCUGGUGCCAGUGUUCUCCUUUGGGGAGAAUGAUCUGUUUAAUCAGCUGAAGAACCCGAAGGGCUCCCUGGACCGUACCAACCAGGAGGGCAUGAGGAAGACCCUGGGCUUCAGCCUGCCUCUGUUCCACGCCCGGGGUGUCUUCCAGUACAGCUUGGGCUUCAUGCCCUUCAGACAACCCAUCUACACCAUUGUGGGAGAGCCCAUAGUGGUGGAGAGGAAUGUGAGCCCCUCAUCAGCUGAGGCAGACAGGCUGCAUGGCUGUUACCUGGAGGCGCUGGCUAAGCUGUUUGAGCAGCACAAGGCUGAGUACAGGAUCCUAGAGCACCAGCACCUCAUCUUCACCUGACCAGACCAAAUUAAGUCAGAUAGCACUACACUGUAGGAUUGGACCAUUCAACCAGCUCCUGACCAAUACACACUGAUACAGACUUUCAAACAAACAUAGUGCAAACAUACACAAAAGCACACAUGGGAAAUGGACACGUGCAUGCUUGCACACAUGUACAGUGACCACCCAUAUACACAAUCAAACGGCCAUCGCUCUCAUCCUUUGCUCUCUUAUACAGUCACCAUAGGCCCAGAGUAAGUCAGCUGAGUUGAGCGUUGGAAAUCCCGCUCAUUGCGCACUACUCUGGUGCUCCAUCUCCUUUCCACCCACUCUCUAAAAACCCUUUCACGUUCAUUAAAAUCACAAUUUAACCAACACCCAUCUAUUUUUGUGACUACCUAGACCUACCAUUUGGUUUUGAAGUAUUGAAACCAAACCACAUGGCUUGAAUGAAAAGUAUUUUAAUGAAAAGGUGAAUAUAAGAAUAAUUUCAAAUAGGCUACAUGUCAUGUUAAACAACAUAUAAACACUCUAAAUAGGUCAGGAGCCAGACAAAGAGUCUAAGAAGGAACGAAAAUGUAUUAUUUAGGCUCUUUUAUUUCAAUUAUUUCAAGGCUAUAGGGUACAAAGAAAUACAUUGUGAAGCAUUUGCGAGUGCAACACACAAGGCUGGGAGGGAGUCAGGGACAUUACCAAGUGCUCAGCAUUUAAAAAACAUUUUGUUGUAUUAAAUCAUUAUAGUCUAUAAAUUGGGCAUAUAGGCUGAUUUACUUUAUUAGUCUCAGUAGCUUUGAAUUAAUUUUUUGAAAGGAGUUUGGCCAGUCUAUGUCUUUAGGCUCAUGUGAUGGUUCAGGUCAGCAGUGGAGAAUAUCCUCUCCAUGCUUGCAGAGCCACUGGGAAUGCUAAACACCAAAUCUGCAGGGAGGCAGAUUUAAAAAAAAUAUAUAUAGGCAGGCCUACAUGUUUUUAGGCAAAAUAACCCAAUUAAAAAACAGAAAGCUCCUUGAAAGUUGGAAUAUGCCAGACCUAUUGGGCCAAAAUCAAUUAUUGCCUAUUGUGUAGAUCAUAUAACAAAACUGAAAGAAACGUUUAAGAUAUCUGACUUUUAGUUUAUAAAUAAUUUGCUACAAUGACACACUUAAUUAGCUACCCAGCUCAUGAAUUGAUUUUAGUUUAGCAUGUGCACGUAGUAAUAAGUAUACCAUCAUGCUUUCGGGAUACGUGUCUUUUCAGAUUCCACUAUGAUUCACCUCAAUCCCUCUCUUUCUCUUGGAUCCUCAUCUUUGUAAGCAGUGGCGGAACUAAAGUUUUCUACAUGGGGUGGCCAGGGGGUGUCCAAGGAUACUUCAGGGUGUCCAUAGACCAUGACAGUAAAUUAGUGUGUAACCCUAACCUGGCAUCUAAGGAGCAUGAAUUAAUCAUAUGAUUGCUGAUUAGAGGUAGAAGUGAUAAUUCACUUAACCCGGAGUUCUUCAA